AUGGCUUCAGAAGGGCACCUGGCAAUGGUUGUGGUUGGGUUUGAAAUUGUUUCCAGCGUCUUGGGGCAGUUGGAGACAACCAUUACGCCAGAGAAUUACCUAGAAGGAAGACUUCCUGAGGGUGCCGAAAACGAACUGAAAAAGCUUCGUGAAAAUCUGCAAGAAAUUCGCUAUGUGCCGGCUGAUGCAGAGCAAAAACAAGGGAAGGAGAAACCUCUGAGAUCAUGGUUGAACAAGCUCAAAAAUACGUGCUAUGACUUGGAAGAUGUUUUGGAUGAGUGGAACAUUGCUGUCUCGAAAAUGCAAGUCCCGGGCGCUGAUCUGAAUGCUCUUAUUCGUGAGAAAGAGAAGGUAUGCUUUAUGUUGCCCUCCUCUUGCUCUUGUUUGAAUGGUGUCAGUAUACAUCGUGACUUUGCUCGGAAGAUUAAAGAACUAAGUGAAAUAAUAGAUGAUAUUAACAAAGAGAAAAAAAAAUUUAGCCUUAAAGACAUUGGGAGGAGUGAUGAGAAAAUAGAGAGUGUUAGUAGCUCUUUUGAUGAUGUGUCUGAGAUAUGUUUUCGAGACAAUGAGAAGAAGGAAUUAGUGGGCAAGUUGUGUGAGAGUGGUGUUAAAAGAAAACAUCCCCAUAUCAUAUCAGUUGUAGGGCCGGAAGGAGUCGGAAAAACAACUCUGGCUCAAUUCGCCUACAAUGAUAAUAUGGUGCUAAGUUAUUUUGAUAAAAGAAUAUGGGUGCGUGUUUCUGACCCUUUUGAUGAGCUUAAGAUAGCUAAGUCUAUCAUUAAAGCUCUGAAAGGGGUCGUCUUUAAUGUUGUUGAAAUUGGGUCUCUUUUGCAAUGGAUUAGUCUAUCUGUUGUGGGAAAGAAAUGUCUUCUUGUUUUAGAUGGUAUGUCCGUAGAAGACUAUGAAAAAUGGAAGCCAUUUUAUCGUUGUCUGAAGAAUGGUUUACCUGGUACUAAGAUUUUAAUUACCACUCGAAAGGAGACAAUAGCUUCUAUGGUCGAAUUAAAAGAGGUUGUCCCAAUUGAGAAAUUGCCUAGAGAGGGAUGUUUGAUGUUGUUAAAACAUUUAGCAUUUUUUGAUAGGUCUCCUGAGGAUUGGAACUAUGUAGAAGACAUAGGUGAGAAAAUUGCAGAUAAGUGUAAGGGUUUGCCUUUUGCUGUAAAGAUUAUUGGGAGUCUCUUACGCUUUAAAAAUACCAUAGAGCAAUGGCCGAAAAUCUCAGAAAGUUGUAUAUGGGAACUAGAAGAGUUAGAGGCGAACAAUCAUUUUCCAUUUCUGUUUUUGAGUUAUUGUGAUUUACCCACAAUGUUAAAACGAUGUUUCUCAUAUUGUGCUAUCUUUCCAAAAGAUUACAAUAUGAGCAAAGAUCAAUUAAUUAAACUAUGGAUGGCACAAGGUUAUCUUGGUUUAGAAAAAGAUGAAGAAAUGGAGAUGAAGGGUCGAGAGUAUUUUGACUACUUAGUAAGACUAUCUUUCUUCGAUGUGUUUAAAAAAGAUCAUGAUGGCACUAUUUUAUGUUGCAAAAUGCAGGAUAUAGUGCAUGAUUUCGCUCAAUUUAUCAAUAAAUUUGAGUAUUUAACCAUCGAAGUUAAUGGUCUUGAAGAUCCAUUCUCAAACACUGCUCACCAAGAAGCUCACCAUUUAAUGUUAAUGGUCAGGGAAGGAGCUCCACUUCCUAAAUCCUUAAGUGAUUUCAAAAAGUUGCGAAGCCUCAUAAUUCUGUGUAGAGUUACAGAUCCCUCAUUGCUUAGUGAUGUCCUAUUAAAGUUAUUUGAUCAACAGAUACCUUUAAGGGCAUUAGAUCUCAGUGCAAAGCUGCAAGCUGAGUGUGGGUACCAACACCAAGAAGUUACCUCAGGGGAUUGGAAAGUUAAUCAACUUGAGGCAUCUAGUAACAAUGGAACUUCACUAGAGUACAUGCCAAGGAAUCGAGAAAUAACUUGCCUUCAGACCUUAAGUGAUUUCUUUUUGGGUGGUGGCGGCAGCGGCGGUGAAGCAUGCACCCUAGAGAUUUUGAAACGGAGGAAAAAGAGAGGGGUGAGUCAGGAGGAAGAAGAGAUUCUUGUAGCCUUGCAACCACCUUCUGAUAUAGAGGGUUUGAGAAUUACCGCUUUGGGAAGACUUCCAUCCCUUGAAUCACCUCCUAUAUGGAAUAUGCAGAGUGUGAAACGAGUUGGUAAUGAGUUUCUGGGAAUCGAAGUGGUAAAGCAUCUGCUAUUGUCUUUCCGAAACUGGAGUCGCUCAAAUUUGUUGACAUGGAAAAUGGGUCGAAUGCUUAAGAUGUACGGGAAGGUCAAUAAUCAUGCCAUGUCUUUGCUCGCUAUCAUUUUUUCUGUUAGUGAACUUCUCACUGGCCCCAGAUUGCAAUUGGAAAGUGCUUUAUUUCUCAUAGAGGUUGUUUUGUCUAUUCUGAUGCCAACUAGGCAGCUUAGGCCUAAUGGAGCAGAUAUUUCUGCUUUCAUCUUAAUUAUGAAACAGGAAAUCGAGAUUGCUGGGAAGAGAUCAAACCCAGAAAGGAAGUGGAGGCCAUUACUGGCUUGUUUCUAG